ACAUUUAUGUUAUAUAUAUAUAAAUAUAUAUAUACCAUUUAAAAAAUGCCAACCCGAAAGCGUCUUCAAUCAGUCAAAUUACAAGCAGACUAUCGGAAAAUAUCUGUAGAUCAAAUAUCUGAACGGAUUUUUUUGCUCAACUCACGUGUGUUUGGCUUCUCUCAUAGAUCCCUUAGUAGUUUGCGCCAUCCUCGCAUUCCUUUUGUUCUUGAAUGCUUGAAGUGGAGUUCUAAUAUAGAGAAAAAAAAUGUUAGUGAAUUACUUGAUAUGUUUGAAGUAAACACAAAUGAGGUUGAGAGAUGGGAAAGGGCCGCAGCAAUUUUUGACAAAAAAAUACACGCUUUAGUUAUUGAUAAACCAAGGCAACAGCUUAUUCUUUCACGAGAAAUUAUGCAGCAGCUAGAAGUUUUAUGGUGUUUUCUCAUGGAUAGUAAAAACCGUAUUAUUACUGAGGAUGCAUACAAAAAUUUUCAUGGUAGGUUAUAUACAUAUUUUCUCGGUGUAGAUGAAAUGAGUCUUCAAACAGCUUGGCUUUCUUCGUUAAAUGCAGACUUCUUAUGGGAUUGUAGAAAUAAUCGAGGUGUGAACUUUGAAGCCUUUUGCUUGUCAAUGUUAGAGCUUGCAGAUAACUGGACAUUCUCAAGAGAAUCAGAUGAUUUUAUUGCCUUUUUUAAGAGUGUUGUUUCUUUUAUAGUUCUACCGACCAAACCAUCUGAGCUUAAGCAUACCUCUUUAUUUCCUUUAAUGAGUGGAAUGUUUUUUUCUGGUGGGAUUAUCGAAAAGGUGCUCCACAAUGGCCGUAUAGAAUACAUAAAGAUAAAAAAAUAGUGUAUCUGAAAUUUUAUUAUUUUAUCUUGCUUGAAAGGAAUAAAAUCGUAGAUAUAUGUAAAAUUUUAUUAUUGUCUGAAUCUUUUUUUUAACCCU